GCUGGGGGCGGGUUUAUGGAGACCUUUGACCAAUCAGACUGUGUUGAGCGCCACGAUCGAUUGAUUGUCGCGCAAGAGGAGGAGCGUGAGUGCAUCUCCGUCCACGUGGGCCAGGCCGGCGUCCAGAUCGGGAACGCCUGCUGGGAACUCUACUGCCUUGAACACGGGAUCCAGCCGGACGGCCAGAUGCCGAGCGACGUGACCAUCGGAGGAGGAGACGACUUGUUCAACACCUUCUUCAGUGAGACCGAGGCGGGGAAGCACGUCCCCAGAGCCGUCUUUGUGGACCUGGAGCCCACCAUCAUCGAUGAAGUGCGCACCGGCACCUACAGGCAGCUGUUCCACCCCGAGCAGCUGAUCACCGGGAAGGAGGACUCCGCUUACAACUACGCCCGGGGACACUACACCAUCGGGAAGGAGAUGAUUGACCCGGUUCUGCACAGGAUCCGCAAAAUGGCGGACCAGUGCACCGGGCUUCAGGGCUUCCUGGUCUUCCACAGCUUCGGUGGAGGAACCGGCUCCGGUUUCACCUCCCUGCUGAUGGAGCACCUGUCCGUGGACUACGGCAAGAAGUCCAAGCUGGAGUUCGCCGUCUACCCGGCGCCUCAGGUGUCUACGGCCGUGGUGGAGCCCUACAACACCAUCCUCACCACCCACACCACCCUGGAGCACUCGGACUGCGUCUUCAUGGUGGACAACGAGGCCAUCUUCGACAUCUGCCGCAGGAACCUGGACAUCGGCCGUCCCACCUACACCAACCUGAACAGGCUGAUCAGCCAGAUCGUGUCCUCCAUCACCGCGUCUCUGCGCUUCGACGGCGCUCUGAACGUGGACCUGACUGAGUUCCAGACCAACCUGGUGCCGUACCCCCGGAUCCACUUCCCCCUGGCCACCUACGCCCCGGUCAUCUCCGCCGAGAAGGCGUACCACGAGCAGCUGACUGUGGCCGAGAUCACCAACGCCUGCUUCGAUCCGGCCAACCAGAUGGUGAAGUGCGACCCUCGCCACGGCAAGUACAUGGCGUGCUGCCUGCUGUACCGUGGCGACGUGGUGCCCAAAGACGUCAACGCCGCCAUCAAGACCAAGCGCAGAAUCCAGUUCGUGGACUGGUGUCCCACCGGCUUCAAGGUAGGCAUCAACUACCAGCCUCCCACGGUGGUUCCUGGAGGAGAUCUGGCCAAGGUGCAGAGGGCCGUGUGCAUGCUCAGCAACACCACGGCCAUCGCCGAGGCCUGGGCCCGGCUCAACCACAAGUUUGACCUCAUGUACGCCAAGAGGGCCUUCGUCCACUGGUACGUGGGCGAGGGCAUGGAGGAGGGGGAGUUCUCCGAGGCCCGCGAGGACAUGGCCGCCCUGGAGAAGGACUACGAGGAGGUGGGGGUCGACUCCAUCGAGGGAGAAGAUGAGGAGGGGGAGGAGUACUAGACGGGCCGGCCGGUCCAAAGCCUCCGUGUUUUUAUUG